AAAAAACUUUUUUGUAUUGAAGGAAUCAACAGCCGCCAUCUUGUUGUGGCUCGGAAUAGGGAUUUCGGUCCAACACUGGGUUUAACGUUGAAAUCGUGCAUGCUUGCCGCGGUGUGACAGCAUCCCCUCCCCGAAAAUGAAAUCUUAACAUCGACUCGGAGACAUUUUGUGCGGAAAAAAGGGGAAAUUGGAUCGGUGGUCGUCGGACAGAAACGCUCGGUAUAUCCGAUUUCCCCUUCAGAGUGCGGCGAUUGAGCUCUGUCGCCGUUCGGGAGCAGCAUUGUUUACCGUGCGCAAGCUGGUAUCGGACCGUGGCUCUCGAAGUGAAUUGCAAAAUUUCUAAAUUUUCGUGCAGGCGUGCAUUGAUGUGGUGCUUCUGGCUUUUUUUUUUUUUUUUUUUUUGCAUGAAGAAAUUUGACGUCACGCAAAAUGGGUACUUUGAACAACUAGAAUUUACGACCUUUUCAUCGGAAUGCAGCAGUUCACUUGAUUUCAUUGAAUCGACGUCUUUAAGUUCGAUGUUUUCAUGGGGAAUCUUUUAAUUGGGGUUAUUUAAUGCUAAUAAUGUGGGUGUUGGGUGUUGGAUUAUCAUGGGGUGAAUGGCGGUGGCGGAGCGGGGCGCUAUUGCAUCUCUUUUGAAGACACCGACUCGCAGAGUACGGAGGAGCUAACUAACGCUAGCUUGUUAACUUAGCUGAUAGCUGGCGUCCACGCUAGCUGUUAGUCAGUUAGCUAACGUUAGCUGGCUGUCAACUCGCUAAUGUGCUAGCCGGAAAGCUUUGCGCUCGAGCGGCCAACUAGCUUGUCACACAAGAACUGAGCUUCUCGUCGAAACUGACCAGUGAGAGAAGUUAACCAUGGCUGAAAAUCUGCUGGACGUCGGACCUCCGAGCUCAAAGCGGCCGAAACUGAAUUCACCUGCCCUGUCAGCGUCGGAUGGACCAGAUCUUGGAUCAUUGUCUUGGGAUGAUUUAGAAAAUGACCUUCCAGAUGAGUUAAUUCCCAAUGGCGGCGACCUGAGCCUAAUGGGCGGGAUGCCUACAAAUGGAGGAACAGCACCUGGGUCUGGUGGUACUGCGGUCCCCGAUGCCGCUGCAAAACACAAGCAGCUCUCAGAGCUUCUACGAGCUGGUAGCACAUCCACGAUGACAGGUGUAGGGCUGAGCUCUGGUAGCCCUCAACCUGGAAGCAUGGGGCAACAGCUUGGGACACCUUUGGGUAAGAGCCCACUAGGCCAAGGCUCACCCAACAAUCACCCAUCUCCUCAAGCCCCAAAAGCUGGAACACCAACGGGAGUAGCAGGGCAGAACAACAACAAUGCUUCAACAAUGAGUCUGAACAACCCCGGCUUCAAUCAGGCCUUGAUGAAUAAUAGCCAGGGUCAUUCUGGGCUGUUGGCGCAGGGUGGGCAGCCCCAACCUGGGCAGGUCAUGAACGGGGGACUUGGGCCUGGUGCCGGAAGAGGGCGAGGAGCAGGUGUGGUUGGCAUGCAGUACCAGGGACAAUCGAUGCAAGGAGUUGCAUCUGGAGCGAGCAGUGCUCUGGCAGACACUCUCACCCAGGGAGGACAGCAGAUGGGUGCACAUGCUACGCUCAGUGCAGCACAGCAAGCGAGCAACAUUAACAAGAUGGGCUUGGGUAGCAAUGGGGGUCAAUUUGUGACUCAGUCCUAUGGACAGAGUGCUGCAGGCCCCGGCCAGCAGCUCAACCCUCAGCAGCAGCUCCAGAACAAGUCCAACCUUGCCAACAGUAUACCACCUUUCCCAAAUGAACUCAAGGCGGCAGCUGUCAACAGUGUGCCAAACAUGCAGCCACAGCAACAGGCAGCAAUGUUGCCACUGGCCGGUGGUGGAGGUGUGGCAGUGCCUUCAGCAGGUCCGACAGCCGACCCAGAGAAGCGCAAGCUAAUCCAGCAGCAGCUGGUCCUGCUGCUGCAUGCACAUAAGUGCCAGCGAAGGGAGCAGGCCAAUGGGGAGGUGCGGGCCUGUGCCCUACCUCACUGUCGCACCAUGAAGAACGUCCUCAACCACAUGACCCACUGCCAAGCUGGGAAGUCAUGCCAGGUGGCUCACUGCGCAUCGUCCAGACAGAUAAUCUCCCAUUGGAAAAAUUGCACACGGCAUGACUGUCCAGUCUGCCUGCCGCUGAAGAACGCCAGUGACAAGCGGACACAGCAGCCCAUGCUGAGUUCCCCCAAUACCAGUCUCCAGAAUCCCAUGUCUACAGGUGGAGUGGGCCAGUCUAGUGCGCCUACUAUCAAUACCUCAACCCCCAUUGAUCCCAGCUCCAUGCAGAGAGCAUACGCAGCACUCGGGCUGCCUUAUGGUAGCCAAGCCACUGGGCAGGCCCAGUCCCAACAGGCCUCUGGUCCUGGGCCACCGACAGGUGCACCGAAUGUUCAGGCCCAGCAACAGCUUCCCCAACAGAUGAGAUCCAUCAAUGCACUUGGUAACCAGAUGGCCCUUACAGGUGCUGCAAUGGGUGUGACCACUGCAGAACAGACAAGCCUGCAUACUGACUCUCUUCCCAACACACUCAACACGAACAAUCAGCUAUUGUCAGAUGGAUCAGCCGUCGGCUCAUUGGGCAACCUUCCAACAGCAGCACCCAUCUCCGCCACAGGCACCAGGAAAGCCUGGCAUGAGCAUGUCACACAGGACUUGCGCAAUCACCUGGUACACAAACUAGUGCAAGCCAUAUUUCCUACCCCAGACCCAGCAGCAUUGAAGGACAGACGGAUGGAGAAUCUCGUUGCUUAUGCAAGAAAGGUGGAGGGGGACAUGUAUGAAUCAGCUAAUAGCCGGGAUGAAUACUACCAUUUCCUUGCGGAAAAAAUCUAUAAGAUCCAAAAAGAACUGGAAGAGAAGAGGCGCUCACGUCUACAGAAACAGAUCAUCAAUCAGGCACCCAUGGCUGCCCAGGGUGCCCAGCAACCAGGUCUCCCACAGCCCAGCCCCUUGGGCCCCAGGCCACAGAAUGGACCUAAUCCUCUGCCCAACAUGCCAAAUCAAAUCAUGAACCGCAUGCAGGUUUCACAAGGAAUCAACCAAUUUAAUCACAUGGGUCUGCCCAACGCUCAGAUGUCUCAGACGACAAUGGGGGCUCGUGCAGCCUCUCCAAUGAACCAUCCACAACAAAUAAACAUGAGCUCUGUUCCAGCGGUGGGAAUGUCACCCUCCCGGAUGCCUCAAGCCCAGGGUAUGAUAGCAAGUCACAACAGUGGCAACAUGGUGGGCCAGACAGCCAGCCAGGGACAGUUUAUGGCUCAGACUCAGUUCCCUCCAGGAUCUACUGCUGUCUCUGCUACAGGGGCAAUGAAUGUCACAUUGGCAGCUGGGAUGAGUCAGUCACCAGCACAAGCUGCUGUUACUCAGCAGCAACAGCAGCAGAGCGCUAACCUUCCCAUGAAUGCACUUGCUCCCUCGCUGGGCCCUCAGCUAGCCUCUUCCCAAACCCCUUUGCACUCAACUCCUCCACCUGCGAUCUCCUCCGCCUCCACGGCCGGGGCGGGUACUAACCUGCCCCUUCCCCAGUCCUCCAGCCGUAGUGCUACUCCUACCUUGUCUGUCCAAGGUGCCACCCCACCCUGCCCAACUCAGCCCCAAACACAAGUGGAGAUCCCCUCAUCAGUACAGACGCAGCCCCUGUCUCAGCCCUUGCCUCAGCCCCCUACCACACCGCUGACUCAGCCAGGGCCUAGUCUGGAUAACCGGGUGCCCACGCCGGCCUCAGCUGCUAGUGCUGACCUGCACUCACAGCAUGUCACAGCUGACCUACCUGUUAAGGAGGUCAAAACAGAGACACAUCAUGACAAACUCGAGUUUGAGGCCGCUGGCGGCAAAACUGAACCCAAAAUGGAGAUUGAUGAAGACUCGAGUUCCUCUUUGGUGAAGAAGGAGGAGCCAGAGGAAAAGCAGGAGCCAAUGGAGGUAGGGGAGAAAAAGAUGGAACUGAAGACAGAACCCAAAGAAGAGGAAGUGGAAGGAACCAACAGAACAUCCUCCUCUUCGCCCUCUCGUAAGAAAGUCUUUAAGCCUGAGGAGUUGCGCCAGGCUCUGAUGCCGACUUUGGAAUCCCUCUACAGACAGGAUUCAGAGUCAUUGCCCUUCAGACAGCCAGUAGACCCAAUGCUUCUGUGUAUUCCAGACUACUUUGACAUAGUUAAGAACCCAAUAGAUCUAUCUACAAUAAAACGCAAGCUGGAUACAGGCCAGUACCAGGAUCCAUGGCAAUACGUUGAUGAUGUCUGGCUGAUGUUCAACAACGCGUGGUUAUACAACCGCAAGACAUCACGUGUGUACAAGUGUUGCUCCAAGCUGGCCGAGGUUUUCGAGGCCGAGAUUGACCCCGUCAUGCAAAGCCUGGGCUACUGCUGUGGGAGGAAGUUUGAGUUUUCACCCCAAACCCUCUGUUGUUAUGGGAAACAGCUCUGCACCAUCCCCACUGGAGGCACAUACUACAGUUACCAGAACAGGUACCAUUUUUGUGAGAAGUGCUUCAAUGAGAUUCAGGGAGAGAGUGUGACAUUAGGAGAUGAUCCUGCACAGCCACAGACGAUGAUAUCAAAAGACCAGUUUGAAAAGAAGAAGAAUGAUGUACUGGAACCUGAGCCGUUUGUUGAAUGUAAAGAUUGUGGACGGAAGAUGCACCAGAUCUGUGUCUUGCACUAUGAGGUUAUUUGGCCAUCUGGAUUCAUCUGUGACAACUGCUUGAAGAAGAGUGGAAAAACACGGAAGGACAACAAGUUCUCAGCAAAAAGGCUACAGUCAACACGAUUGGGAAUGUAUAUAGAGGAUCGUGUGAAUAAAUUCUUAAAGAGACAGAACCACCCGGAAGCUGGAGAGGUGUUUGUGCGGGUGGUUGCAAGCUCUGACAAAACGGUGGAGGUUAAACAAGGCAUGAAAGCAAGGUUUGUGGAUACAGGUGAGAUGCCGGAGACCUUUCCUUACAGAACCAAAGCACUUUUCGCCUUUGAAGAGAUUGACGGCGUCGAUGUGUGCUUCUUUGGCAUGCAUGUUCAGGAGUAUGGCUCUGAAUGCCCAAUCCCCAACACUAGACGAGUCUACAUAUCAUACCUUGACAGUAUUCACUUCUUCAAACCUCGAGUUUUAAGAACAGCUGUGUACCACGAGAUCCUUAUCGGCUAUCUAGAAUAUGCCAAGAAACUCGGCUAUGCUCAAGGCCACAUUUGGGCGUGUCCACCAAGUGAAGGGGAUGACUACAUCUUCCACUGUCAUCCCCCCGAGCAGAAGAUCCCCAAACCUAAGAGGCUUCAGGACUGGUAUCGGAAGAUGCUGGACAAGGCCUUCGGAGAAAGAAUCUUGCACGACUACAAGGAUAUUUUCAAACAGGCAACUGAGGAUCGUCUAACCAGCGCCAAGGAGUUGCCAUACUUUGAAGGAGACUUCUGGCCCAAUGUUCUGGAAGAAAGUAUCAAGGAGCUUGAGCAGGAAGAGGAGGAGAGAAAGAAGGAGGAGAACACGGCUGCCUCUGAAACUCCAGAGGGUACCCCAAGUGACAGCAAAAAUGCUAAGAAGAAAAACAACAAGAAGACAAAUAAAAACAAAAGCAGCGUGAGUCGAGCUAACAAGAAGAAGCCUGGAAUGCCGAAUGUAGCGAACGAUUUGUCCCAGAAGCUUUAUGCCACCAUGGAGAAGCACAAAGAGGUAUUCUUUGUAAUACACCUCCACUCCGGCCCCAUGGUCAACACUUUGCCUCCCAUUAUCGACCCUGACCCCUUGCUCUCCUGUGACCUGAUGGAUGGCCGUGAUGCCUUCCUGACUUUGGCCAGGGACAAACAUUGGGAGUUCAGCUCUCUCAGGAGGUGCAAGUGGAGCACGAUGUGUAUGCUCGUUGAACUGCACAACCAGGGACAGGACCGCUUUGUGUACACUUGCAAUGAGUGCAAGCAUCACGUCGAGACACGGUGGCACUGCACAGUGUGCGAGGACUUCGACCUUUGCAUUAAUUGUUAUAACGCAAAGGGUCAUGAGCACCAGAUGGUGAAAUGGGGUCUCGGCUUGGAUGAUGACAACAACAGCCAGAGUGGCGAGGCCUCAAAGAGCCCACAGGAAAGUCGGCGUUUGAGCAUCCAGCGCUGCAUCCAGUCUCUCGUCCACGCUUGUCAGUGCCGCAACGCCAACUGCUCCCUACCGUCCUGCCAGAAGAUGAAGAGAGUGGUGCAGCACACCAAGUGUUGCAAGCGUAAAACAAACGGUGGCUGUCCUGUGUGCAAGCAGCUUAUUGCUUUAUGCUGUUAUCAUGCAAAGAACUGUCAGGAGAAUAAGUGUCCGGUGCCGUUCUGCCUGAAUAUCAAGCACAAGCUUCGCCAGCAGCAGCUGCAACAUAGGCUCCAGCAGGCUCACUUGAUGAGGAGAAGAAUGGCGACCAUGCAAGGCAGAACCAUGCCGCUACCGUCCCCGCCGGCAUCAGCUGCUCCAACAACUCCCACUUCCCAUACUCAGCCCAGCACACCUCAGACCCCACAACAGUCGCUGUCCAGCCAGCCUCAGACCCCCAACUCUGCAGGUGUCAUGUCUCCCUCGUUCCCCACUGCACCUCGCAAUGGACACCCUCAAGCAGCUGUGCCCCAAGGUAAGCCAGGGCCCCAAGGCUCCCCUCUGCAUCAGCAACCGUCCCCUGUUCCACAGCCACCUCAGCCACAACAAAUGCAGCAGCAGCCUCCACUCGCUGCUGUCAAGAUGGCACGCCACAUUGAGUUGAUGGCACAGGCCCAGCAGAACCAGCAAAACUAUCUGGUCAACAUGAACGGCUUGCCCAUGAACCCCCAGCAGCCACAGCAGCGUAUGACGGGACCAAUGCAAGCCCCCAUGCAGAUGGUACCAGGGCCUCGGGGACCACAGGUCAUGCAACCAAACAUGGCCCCGGGUCAAUGGCCUGGACCCGCAGGGCCCAUGCAGGCUGCACAAACGCAACAACAAGGCCUUGUCCCAGGCCAGAACCCCCCACAGGCCAUGACCAUGCAGCGAGCCAUGAUGCCUCCGGGGCAGCAACCUCCGGGUCAGAGGAUGCUCAUUCCACAGCAGCCUGGUGCAAGGUCACAGGCACCGCAGAGACCUGGUGCAAUAGCCCCCAAUGCCCUUCAGGAUCUUCUCCGUACCCUCAAGUCUCCCAGCUCACCCCAGCAGCAACAGCAAGUCCUCAACAUCCUCAAAUCAAACCCUCAGCUAAUGGCUGCUUUCAUCAAACAGCGAACAGCCAAGUACCACGCCAACCAACCACAGCAGCAGGCGAGUCAGCAGCCUGGGUUGCCCACAAUGCAGACCAUGGCCAUGCCAGGAGGUACUGUGCAGAGGCCAGGGAUGCCAUCUCAGCAGCCUCAGCAGCCUCCUGCUCAGGGUUUGGCAGCAAUGGGGGCUCAAGGGCAGCUGAUGAAUGCAGCACAUAACACCAAUCCGCAAAUUCAAGAGCUCUAUCGCCGGCAACUCUUAAGUCAACAACAACAGCAGCAGCAGCAGCAGCAACAACAGAGAGUGAUGCCUCAGGGACACCCCGGCCAGUUCCCUGCCCAGACCCAGGGUACGGCAGCUACGUACUCGCAGCUCCGCAUGCAACAGCAGCAGAUGCAAGCCAUGCAAGCAGGCGCAGGAGCAGCGGGAGGGCCAAUGGGCCAGCUACCACCCAUGGCUCAGAUGGCACAGACGGGCAUGGGAAUGGAUCCUGCCCAGAAAAUGCUGCAUCAACGAAUGCUUCAGCAACAGCAGCAGCAGCAACAACAACAGCAGCAGCAGCAGCAGCAUCUUCCUCAGCAGCAGGCCGUCCUCAAGCAGCAGAUGACUUCUCCCGGCCAGCCCAGCCCCAUGAGCCCCCAAACCCACUUGCUUGCCGGCCAGCCCACACUAGCUAACAGUCUCAGCAACCAAGUCCGCUCCCCUGCGCCCGUUCAGUCCCCAUGUCCAACCUCGCAGCCACCACCACCACAUUCCAGUCCCUCCCCACAGAUUCAAAACCAGCCCCAGCCCUCACCGCAGCACCCGCCUCCCCCCCACUCCAGUUCCCCCCACCAUGGACUUGGGGGCCCCCUUUCAGGGUCCAUGGAACAGGGACACUUGGGGACACCAGAACAAAGCGCCAUGCUACCCCAGCUUAACCCUCCUAACAGGGGGGUACUAAAUAGUGACUUGAGCAUGGUAGGAGAUGCUACAGGAGACACUCUCGAGAAAUUUGUGGAGGGAUUGUAGCAUUUCUGAUCAGAAAUGAAGAACUACAGCGUCUCAGUACUUGGGACCCCUCCUUAAUUCUUCCUAACUUCCCUCAGACUCUUUAUCUAAGAGGGCUUUGUUCUUUGUACUAUUGAGAUCAUUUUUGUACCUGUAUUAAAAAAAAAAAAACUUGUAAAAACAAAAAAGAGAAUUUGGUAGAGGAAAAAAAAAUAAAAGUCCAAACACCCCGUGGGAAUUAAAUAUUCCUUAGUUAAAGGGGUUUUUUUUCUUCCUGAAAAUGUUACGGGGUUUGCAAUUCGCUUCUUAAAAUGCAAUUUAAGUCACAAAGAAUAUAUUUUUUGGGUGAGACCAAAUGUGUUCAAUACUCAAUUUAUUUUUGGUUGGUUCUUGGUGUGAUUUCAUACCAUCCUCCUUUUUUUUUUUUUUUAAGAAAAUGUACAAUUGCAUUAUAUUAUUCAUAUCUUUUGUACCAUGGGGGGGGGCCAACCUUUUGUGUUUAAGUUUAGGCGCUGGGCCAGGUUUUUGUUAUGUUCUCAAGCUGUCGUUCCUGGCAUUUGUGGUCAUGCGUUGUAACAUUGCUCCAAGAUAAUUUGCUGAGGGACUGAGACCUAUCUCUUCUGUGUGUAUGAAGAGCACUCAGUUGUAUUAAAAUAGGAAAUGGACUGUGGCAGGUUGUUUACACAGACAUAUAUACAGGUGCACAUGAAGACACCAACGCAAACCUCAUGCCCACUAAAAGAAUGACAGAUCCUACUGGUUUUACAAAUGCGCAAAAUUUACAGCCUCCAUCUCAUAUGCCUGGAAGUUGGAAACUUGUUUUCCAGGUGAAAAAAAAUUACUUUGACAUAAAAAAAAAAAGUUUUGUUUUUCCAUCCAAAUGUUGUAAACUGUAAAGCUAGUGGGAGAAAGAGACCAGUGACCUAAGUUGAGGUGCAAUGAUCAUCUACCCUUUAAAUUAUACACUAAAGUGUGUGUGAAGAAUGGAAACACCACCAAGAUUCUCUUGGAGUCAUCAAGGCUCAUUCCUCUUACGCAAAAACUUGAAUGGGUGGGAAGAGUUUGCUUUUUCUCCUAUUGUAAAUCCACGUAUUAAGCAAAAUACUAUAAAUAUAAGAGAGAACGAAAACACUGUACAAAAUGGUAAAAGGCUCGUUUCUUACUUCUAUACCAUAUUGUUAAAUAAACUGCAACAGAUGAA